ACUGCCACCAAGGGGAAAACGCGGGUAUCGAAGAAGGUUGAGCCAAGUUGGUAAAGGAAAACCCGUCACUCCGCUUUUGCCGUAUAUGCUGCUUUUCUCACGCUUUGGAGCUAAACCGUGCACUUCGAUAUUAUGUUGUCGGCGCUGAGAGGAGCCUCGAUCUUCGCCAUCCGGCGAUCGACCCUGAGCUGCAGACUGAAAUCUGGAUCCAACAGCGUAAACCUGCAGUCGUCCAUCGUCAACCCAGGCAACCUUAAAACUGUUGACGAUCUCCCUGGACCCAGCCUGGCUACCACCGCGUACUGGCUCUUCGUGAAGGGAUAUGCGGACAAAAGCCACGCCAUGCAAAUUGAGCAUCGGCGAAUAUAUGGACCCAUCUGGCGCUCACGUUUUGGCCCUUUUGACAUCAUCAAUGUGGCAACCCCAGAGCUGAUAGCGCAGGUGAUCCGGCAGGAGGGCCAGUACCCAGUGCGGACCUUUCUGCCACACUGGCAGGAGUACCGCGACCUGCGGGGUCAAGCUUACGGACUCCACGUUGAUAAAGGCCCUGAAUGGUACCGUAUCCGCAGCGUCCUGAACCCCAAGAUGCUGAAGGUGAAGGAAGCAUCCAUGUACGCCCCAGUGAUUCAUGAAGUCGUGGGCGACCUGCUACGACGUCUGGAACUGCUGCGCCUGAAGAGCCAUGAUCGGGUCACGGUUAGCGACCUUGCUGGAGAGCUCUACAAAUUUGGCUUUGAAGGCAUCUCCUCCAUCUUGUUCGAGACCCGACUCGGCUGCCUCCAGGAGAAGAUUCCCCAGGACACGCUGCGCUUCAUCGCUGCAGUGGGUGAAAUGCUGACCCUCUCAGAAACAGUCCUCUUCUUCCCACGCUGGACUCGAAGUUUCCUGCCCUAUUGGGCCCGCUUUGUUCAGGCCUGGGAUGACCUGUAUGACGUGGCAUGCAGGCUAAUCAACAGAAAGGUGGAUGAGAUCAAUGCCAAGGUGGGGCAAGGGGAGCAGGUGGAGGGGAUGUACCUGACCUACCUGCUGUCCUCUGGCAAGCUGUCCCUGGCAGAGAUUUACAUUAGCAUCACAGAGCUGCUGCUGGGAGGGGUUGAUACGACCUCCAACACUCUCUCUUGGACACUGUACCACCUGGCCCGGGAUGAAGCAGCACAGGAGCGGCUGUAUCAGGAAGUGUCCUCAGUGUGUCCAGAGCGGAGGUUACCCACGACAGAAGAUCUGACCAGGAUGCCGUACCUGAAAGCUGUCAUCAAGGAGAUACUCAGGUUAUAUCCAGUGGUCCCGGGGAAUGGACGCCUCACAGUGGAUACUGAAGUCGUCGUAGACAGCUACUGGUUUCCCAAAAAGACUCAGUUCCACCUCUGUCAUUAUGCUGCAAGUCACGACGAGGGGGAGUUUCCCAACACAGAGCAGUUUCUUCCUGAACGAUGGCUCAGGCAGGGAACAGGCCGCUUCCCGCACCACCCCUACAGCUCCAUCCCAUUUGGGGUUGGAGUUCGUGCCUGUGUGGGGAAGCGGGUGGCCGAGCUGGAGAUGUACUUUGCUCUUUCCCGGCUGAUGCAGCAUUAUAGGGUUCAGCCAGAGAGCAGAAGCACUACCGUGGAACCCAAGACUCGAACACUCCUCAUCCCAUCCGGACCCAUCAACCUGCGCUUCCUCCCACGAGCCUAAGGUGCAGGAGCAGUCGGAAUGGUGGAGAAUGGGCCGAAUAUUUGUCAGAGCAGGUCAUUCAGCAAAAAAGAGCAUCAGAACUCUCAACAGCUGGGACUGCAGUGGUAGGAAUACUGAAAAGAACGCGACUCUUUUAGUAUGGAAUGUUCAUACAGUUUUUACAUUAAACAUUUAUAUAACAUAAACAAAGUAUAUUUUAUAUAUUUUUUAGAUGUUUUUACAUUCAUCUCUUAAUAUGUAAUCUUAGAAUAUUAGACAUACAGCAUUAGGCUAUGAUGUUUGUUAGGUUAGGCGUACUGUAUUGCAUUUUCGCCUUACGGUGCUUGUGCCUUACAGUAGGCUUAUCGGAACAUAAUCCCAUUGUAAUUGCCUUUAGUUAGCUGAUCUUGUCACUCAUAUUGAAGCUGUUGAACAAAACAUGCAACUUAUUGGACUGAUGUGCAUUAGCAAGCUACCAAAAUGAUACAGCAUUGCUAUUACAAAAGUUCUGUUUUUUUGCUACUGGAAGAGACACAGAUGUUUUAUAUGAAACUCUUUUAAUUAGUACUUCUUAAUAUUGAUUAUAACCCUGUUGCUUCUUUGAAAAUUGUAUUGUAACUUGAGGUCAGAAUGCAAUAUGUUGAAAACCGAUUUACUCUGUUUUAUGAUGUAUUGUACUUUUAUUUGCA